GGGUGCUGGGCGUGCCCACGGGUGACGCUCAGGGCCGGGCCGGCCAAUGGGCGCGGGGUGGCGGGCGGGCGGGCCUCGAGGCCGGGGCUUUAGGAAGCGAACCCGAGGCCGACCGGACAGGCUGACGUUCGGCUGCUGCACGGGAGUCGCGUGGCGGGGAUGGCGCUGGCGCGGGCCUGGAAGCAAAUGUCCUGGUUCUACUACCAGUACCUGCUGGUCACGGCGCUCUACAUGCUGGAGCCUUGGGAGAGGACUGUGUUCAAUUCCAUGCUAGUUUCCAUCGUGGGGAUGGCUCUCUACACGGGCUAUGUCUUCAUGCCCCAGCACAUUAUGGCAAUAUUGCACUACUUUGAAAUUGUACAGUGACCAAGAUGCGACCCACAUCCGGAGAUUCUGCAGGAAAGAACCACCCUCUGAAGUUGAAAUGAGACUUCAUCAGCUGUCAUAAGAAACUCUACUAGAUGUCAACAUAACCAACCUUAUGAAUAUAGAGACUAAAAUUCAUGAGUAGAACAGGAAGAUAAUCCUGACUCAUGCGUUGUGUUCUUUAUUUUUAAUUUUAAAAGAGGCUCUUGUAUAGUAGUUUUUGUCUAUUUUAACAUUGUAGUCAUUUGUACUUUGAUAAGUAUUUUCUUAAUCUUUGUGACUGUUUCAAUAUUGCCCCUGUGAAAGCUUUUCUUAUUGUAACUUUGAGUACAUUUUAAUUGCCUUCUAUUUCUACAACCCAAAGUCAUUGGUUGGGCUUUACUGUUCUUGCUAUUGUAUGGCAUAUACAUCUGCCUGGAUAUAUUUCUACUCGACCAAAGUUUUGUAAGAAACAAUACAAGAUUUGGGUCAGGGGUUUGGGGAGGGAGGAUCUUUUAUUGAGAAUUAUUUACAAAAGUCUUAUCUGUAAGUUUGAACUCAGGAGUACAGUUCAGCUAUUUAGACUCUAACAACUUUUGCUUUAAAACUAUUAAAGUUUCUUACAAUGAAAAAGAAAGAUCUUGCUAAAGUUAAAAUAAACAUUUCAUCUUUUAAAUAUUUAAUUCUUAUAUAGGCUCAUUCCAGAAAACUUUGGUGGUGAUUCUUAUGACAAAAGGUGGUUAAGCUGUAUUGUUAUGUGGUGUUUAUAUACUCUAUAGAGUUUUUCAAUAGAAAGUACAUCAAUUUCCUGUAAGGACCAUUACUAACAAUGUACUUCCUUAAAUUGAGUUUCAUGAUUGUACUGGGUGCUGUAAAUGCAUUUGCACAUUGCAAUAAGAUAUGAAGAGAUGAAUUGUAGUUAAAAGUUCUAGCAAAAAGAAGUGUAAACUUGGUUAAAAUCCUUUCACUCUUUGUAUUUUUUUUAAAAAGAUUUUUAUUCUGUAAGUGUUAAAUGACUACCUAGUAUUUUGAUUGUAAACUCAUUAAAUUCAAAGAGAAAAAAA